UCAUGGCGGCGGCGGAGCGGGACCGGCGGCUGCCUGGGCUCGGCGCGGCUCGGCUCCCAAUGGCAGCCGCGGCGGAGGGCGGGCGGGUGCGGGGAGAGCGCCGCGGGGCGGGGACACGGCCCGCCCGGCCGCCAUCGCCCCCAGCGGCCCCCGCGCCGCCGCCUCUCCCUCACGGCCCCGGGCUCCCCCGCACCAGUCCUUUCGUGGCUCCGGGCACCGCCAUUCCCCUCAGAGACGCCCGUGUGAGUGCCCCCGAACGCCGCCAUGGAAACCGGGAUCUCCUGGCCCUCCAGAGCCCCCCUCAGCCCUCAGGACAAAGGGGGCCAGGUACUACCCGCAGGUCACCACCACCCCCCCAUAAAAAGGAGAAAGGUGCAGAGGCUCUGAUCUGUCACGUAACUAAGGAAGCUCUGAGAUUCCAUGGAAACUUCAGUGCCAGCGGUUGCCCAACAGCACAGUGCCCUCUAAAGCAGGACCUACCAUCCCCACGUGUGCACUUAGGAGAAACCAACCGGUGUCAGAUCUUUCCCCCUUAUCCCUCCUGUAUGCAGCCAUGACUGCAGGACUGUCUUCCCAGACCACCUGGAAGGGGAAUAUUCUUCUCCCACAGGUUCAGCCAGUUCAUCCCAGACCUUCAAGCAGGGAUGGGAGUGAGGGGGAGAAAAUUAUCUCUCUUGGAAUAUGAGCCCUGCUCAGGUGAGACCCCACCUGGGAUGCUGCUUCCAGCUCUGGGGUCCUCAGCACGGAAAGGACAUUGACCUGUUGGAGCAAGUCCAGAGGAGGCCACCAAGGUUAGCAGAGGGAGGGAGCGCCUCUGCUUUCAGAAUUAGGAUGCUUUCAGCCUGGAAAAUAAAAGCUUC